AUGUCAUUCCGCAGCAUAGUUCGUGAUGUGAGAGACAGCAUAGGAAGUCUCUCGCGUCGUAGCUUCGACUUCAAGCUAAGCAGCCAGCACAAAGAAGUCGGUAAAUCUCGCGGUUCGGUUCAAGACUGUCACGUAGAACAACAACCAAUAAUACCGAUCCAAGAAACCCCCUGGGCGAAUCUGCCUCCGGAGCUAUUGCGCGACGUGAUCAAACGGCUCGAAGAGAGCGAGAGCACGUGGCCUUCUCGUAAACACGUCGUCGCUUGCGCCUCUGUUUGCAGAUCGUGGAGAGACAUGUGCAAAGAGAUCGUUCAAAGUCCUGAGCUUUCCGGGAAAAUCACAUUCCCUGUCUCUCUAAAACAGCCUGGACCUAGAGAUGCAACAAUGCAAUGCUUUAUCAAAAGAGACAAAUCAAAUCUGACUUACCAUUUAUACCUUUGUCUCAGUCCUGCUUUGUUGGUUGAGAAUGGAAAGUUUCUUCUCUCCGCUAAACGCAUACGAAGAACAACGUACACUGAGUAUGUCAUCUCCAUGCACGCCGACACCAUUUCCAGAUCAAGCAACACCUACAUUGGCAAGAUUAGGUCUAAUUUUCUGGGGACGAAGUUUAUAAUAUACGACACACAACCAGCGUACAAUAGCAAAGUCUCUCAGGCGGUCCAAGUCCAACCGGUAGGUCUAAGCCGGAGGUUUUACUCGAAGAGAGUGUCUCCGAAAGUCCCGAGCGGAAGCUACAAGAUCUCUCAGGUGUCUUACGAGCUAAACGUUCUUGGGACACGUGGACCGAGGAGAAUGCACUGCGCGAUGCAUUCGAUUCCCGCUUCUUCGCUCGGUGAAGGCGGUACGGUGCCGGAACAACCGGAGAUUAUGGUUCCACGGUCGAUUCUCGACGAGUCGUUCCGUAGCGUCACUUCGUCCUCGUCGUUGUCGAGGAGGUUCGUUGGGGAUUACUCUGCCGAGUUCAGCAGCGCGCGGUUCUCCGACGUUCUGGGACCGUUGGGGGAGGACGGAGAGGCGGUUUUCGAAGAUGGGAAAGAGCUGGUUUCGCCGCCGCCGCUCGUGCUUAAGAACAAGCCUCCGAGGUGGCACGAACAGCUUCAGUGCUGGUGUUUGAACUUCAGGGGACGUGUAACCGUCGCGUCUGUUAAGAACUUUCAGCUGAUUGCAGCUAACCAACCUCAGCCUCAGCCGCAACCUCAAGCUCAGGCUCAGGCUCAGUCUCAGCCGUCGGGUCAGGUGGAUGGACCGGACAAGAUCAUAUUGCAGUUUGGGAAAGUUGGGAAAGACAUGUUCACGAUGGAUUUUAGGUAUCCGCUUUCGGCGUUUCAGGCGUUCGCGAUAUGUUUGAGCAGUUUCGAUACGAAACUUGCAUGCGAAUGA